AUGGUUAGAAAUUACAAAAGGAAGACAAAAAGUAGAGCAGAAGGUUUACAACGGGCUUUAGAUUUAGUAAAAAAUGGUAUGUUUUUGCGUAAAGCUGAAAACAGUUUUGGAGUUUCAAGGAUGACAUUGAGAAGACAUUUGCAGGGCAAAGUAAGACAAGUUGGGAGCAAUAAAUUAGGAAAUCAUGUGAAUACUUUUUCUAUUGAAAUUGAACAAGAUCUUGUUAAACACAUCCAAAUGAUGGAAAGAGCAUUAUUUGGAUUAACUACGACGGAUAUCCGGCGGCUAGCGUUUGAUAUGGCCGAGCGACUUCACUUGAAGCAUUCAUUUAAUACUUCCUCCAGGCAAGCUGGCAAGGACUGGCUUAGUGGUUUUUUGAAACGUCAUCCAGAAUUAACAAUUAGAGUUCCAGAGGCAACUAGUAUGAAUCGAGCAGUUGGAUUUAAUCGACCAAAAGUAGACCAGUUCUUUACCGUUUACGAAGAUAUACUUACAAAGAAUGCGUACGGACCUCAGUCAAUAUGGAAUAUGGAUGAAACUGGCAUCACAAAUGUCCAAAAGCCAGGAAAAGUGCUUGCCACAAAAAGUGUUAGACAAGUCGGUAAAAUAACUUGUGCGGAAAGAGGCACAACUGUUACAGUUAUAUGUGCAAUGAAUGCGAGUGGAUCGUACAUUCCUCCGAUGCUAAUUUUUCCUCGAAAAUGA